GAGAGCGAUGUUUGCUAAUAGAGAUGCUGGGCGCAGCAUUCUGGGAGAGUGACUUCCCACGGCACAGGAUCCUUUGUGCCUCCAGCAGCAUCUGCAGCAGGGUGGCUGUCUGGCACUGUUUCUUUCAUUUUGGGCAGGUUGUGAGGCUCAGAGCCAUCCCCGGCAAAUUCGAGGAGCCCCACUUUCCCACCAACCCCAGGUUAAUGUUCUGCACGUUUGUUCUCUGUGUGGCAGGGAAGCAGCUCAACGGAAGAAAACAGUGCUCUCACCGUCUUGUACAUCUGAGGUGUGUCAUCUUGCCUUUGCGCCUCCCACCUCCGUGCUUUACACAGGGAGCUUGGAUUUUUUUUUUUCUUCUGUCAGGCUGUUGGGCAGGACCGGAUUCUAGUGUGACAGUUUGGCACUUCCCUUCUGCUCGGUGCCGGUAACUGCUUGUCAUGAAGAUGGUAGAGUGGGAGCCUGUGUCUGAAGAGCCAAGGAAGCUGAUGUGGAGAUGGAGUAGAGAUUUCUAGAAAUCUGAACGUCCACACCUUGGGGAUGGGUUGCACGACCAGUGUGAUUCUCUUCAAAGGCAUCCGCACCGUUUUUGAGAGAAACUGUUCGUACAUGUGCAAGCAGCAAGGGGAAAGUAAUGCCCUUGAGUACACGGCAUACAGCUGGUCAAAAGAAGACUCAGAUCUAUUGAUCUCCUCCUGCCUGGCAAAGCCAAAGCUCAUCGAGCCACUUGACUAUGAGAAUGUCAUCGUGCAGAAGAAGACCCAGAUCCUGAAUGACUGUCUGCGGGAGAUGCUCCUCUUCCCUUAUGAUGACUUCCAGACGGCUGUCCUGAGGCGGCAGGGGCGGUAUGUACGGUCCACGGUCCCCUCGAACGCAGAGGAGGAGGCACAGAGCUUAUUUGUCACUGAGUGCAUCAAAACCUACAACUCUGACUGGCAUCUUGUGACCUAUAAAUAUGAAGAUUACUCAGGAGACUUUCGACAGCUUCCGAGCAAACUGGCCAAGUUGGAUAAACUUCCAGUUCACGUCUAUGAAGUCGAUGAGGAGGCCGACAAAGAUGAGGAUGCUGCUUCCCUGGGGUCUCAGAAGGGUGGGCUCACCAAACAUGGCUGGCUGUACAAAGGCAACAUGAACAGUGCGAUCAGCGUGACCAUGAGGUCAUUUAAGAGGCGGUUUUUCCACCUGAUUCAACUCGGUGAUGGAUCCUAUAAUCUAAAUUUUUAUAAAGAUGAAAAGAUCUCCAAAGAACCCAAAGGAUCCAUAUUCCUAGAUUCCUGCAUGGGUGUGAUUCAGAACAACAGAGUCAGGCGCUUUGCUUUUGAGCUCAAGAUGCAAGACAAAAGCAGUUACCUCCUGGCAGCAGACAGUGAGGCGGAGAUGGAGGAGUGGGUCACGGUUCUCAACAAGAUCCUCCAGCUCAACUUUGAAGCUGCAAUGCAAGAAAAGCGAAAUGGGGACGCUCAUGAAGAUGAUGAACAAAGCAAACUGGAAGGUUCCGGUUCCGGUUUGGAUAGCUACCUGCCUGAACUUGCCAAGAGCACCAGAGAAGCAGAAAUCAAACUGAAAAGUGAGAGCAGAGUGAAGCUUUUUUACUUGGACCCAGAUGCCCAGAAACUUGACUUCUCCUCCGCUGAGCCAGAAGUGAAGCCAUUUGAAGAAAAGUUUGGGAAAAGGAUCCUUGUCAAGUGCAAUGAUUUGUCUUUCAAUCUGCAAUGCUGUGUCGCUGAAAACGAGGAAGGACCCACCACAAAUGUCGAGCCUUUCUUUGUCACCCUGUCCCUGUUUGACAUAAAAUACAACCGGAAGAUUUCCGCUGACUUCCACGUGGACCUGAAUCAUUUCUCAGUGCGGCAGAUGCUGGCUCCCACAUCCCCAGCUCUGAUGAACGGCGGCCAGAGCCCACCUGCCUUCCAGGAUGCCCUUCAUGCCGCAGCCAUGCAGUAUCCGAAGCAGGGAAUAUUUUCAGUCACGUGUCCUCAUCCAGAUAUAUUUCUCGUGGCCAGAAUUGAGAAGGUCCUCCAAGGAAGCAUCACGCAUUGUGCUGAGCCAUAUAUGAAAAGCUCAGACUCGUCUAAGGUUGCUCAGAAGGUGCUGAAGAAUGCCAAACAGGCAUGCCAAAGACUAGGACAGUACAGAAUGCCGUUUGCUUGGGCGGCAAGGACAUUGUUCAAGGAUACAUCUGGAAACCUGGACAAAAAUGCCAGAUUUUCUGCCAUCUAUCGGCAAGACAGCAAUAAGCUUUCAAAUGACGACAUGCUCAAGCUACUCGCAGACUUCCGGAAACCUGAGAAGAUGGCCAAACUCCCAGUGAUUUUGGGCAAUCUAGACAUCACGAUCGAUAACGUCUCCUCUGACUCCCCCAAUUAUCUGAAUUCAUCAUACAUUCCCAUGAGGCAGUUCGAAGCCUGCAGUAAAUCUCCGCUCACUUUUGAAGUAGAGGAGUUUGUGCCCUGCAUACCCAGACACACCCAGCCUUAUACGGUCUACAGCAACCACCUUUAUGUUUACCCAAAGUACUUGAAAUAUGACAGUCAGAAGUCUUUUGCUAAGGCCAGAAAUAUUGCUAUUUGCAUUGAGUUCAAAGAUUCCGAUGAAGAAGACUCUCAACCUCUGAAGUGCAUUUACGGCAGACCGGGUGGCCCAGUGUUCACGAGAAGUGCCCUUGCUGCGGUUCUACACCAUCAACAAAACCCAGAAUUCUAUGAUGAGAUCAAGAUAGAACUGCCAACCCAGCUACAUGAGAAGCACCAUCUGCUGUUCACCUUCUUCCACGUCAGCUGCGAUAACUCGACGAAAGGGAGCACGAAGAAGAAGGAUGCUGUUGAAACACAAGUUGGCUAUUCCUGGCUUCCGCUCCUGAAAGACGGAAGGGUGUUGACAAACGAACAGCACAUCCCUGUCUCAGCCAAUCUUCCAUCUGGCUACCUUGGCUACCAGGAGCUCAGCAUGGGCAGGCAUUAUGGUCCAGAAAUUAAGUGGGUAGAAGGAGGCAAGCCUCUGUUGAAAAUUUCCACUCAUCUGGUUUCCACGGUGUACACUCAGGAUCAGCAUUUACAUAAUUUUUUCCAGUACUGUCAGAAAACGGAAUCUGGAGCCCAAGCCUCAGGGAAUGAACUUGUAAAAUACCUAAAGAGUCUGCACGCAAUGGAAGGCCAUGUGAUGAUCGCUUUCCUGCCCACCAUCCUAAACCAGCUGUUCCGAGUCCUCACCAGAGCCACUCAGGAGGAGGUUGCCGUUAAUGUGACUCGGGUCAUUAUUCAUGUGGUUGCCCAGUGCCAUGAGGAAGGAUUGGAGAGCCACUUGAGGUCAUAUGUUAAGUUUGCCUAUAAGGCCGAGCCGUAUAUCACAUCUGAAUAUAAGACGGUGCACGAGGAGCUGACCAAAUCCAUGACCACCAUUCUCAAGCCUUCCGCUGAUUUCCUUACCAGCAACAAACUUCUGAAGUACUCAUGGUUUUUCUUCGAUGUGCUGAUAAAGUCCAUGGCUCAGCAUUUGAUAGAAAACAGCAAAGUGAAGUUACUACGGAACCAGAGAUUUCCAGCCUCCUACCAUCAUGCGGUGGAGACUGUGGUGAACAUGCUGAUGCCACACAUUACGCAGAAGUUUCGAGACAACCCGGAGGCGUCUAAGAACGCGAACCACAGCCUAGCUGUGUUCAUCAAGAGAUGCUUCACCUUCAUGGACAGGGGCUUUGUCUUCAAGCAGAUCAACAACUACAUCAGCUGCUUUGCUCCUGGAGACCCCAAGACUCUUUUUGAGUACAAGUUUGAGUUUCUCCGUGUGGUGUGCAACCAUGAGCACUAUAUUCCUUUGAACUUGCCGAUGCCGUUUGGAAAGGGCAGGAUUCAGAGAUACCAAGCUUUUCUCUCUCCAGCUGUGGAGUCCAAUGACACUCCUGUAGAUCUCCAGCUUGACUACUCCUUAACGGAUGAGUUCUGCAGAAACCACUUCUUGGUGGGAUUGUUACUAAGGGAGGUGGGCACUGCCCUCCAGGAGUUCCGGGAGGUCCGCGUCAUUGCCAUCAGCAUGCUGAAGAACCUGCUGAUAAAGCAUUCUUUCGAUGACAGAUACACUUCGAGGAGCCAUCAGGCAAGGAUAGCCACUCUCUACCUGCCUCUGUUUGGUCUGCUCAUUGAAAACGUCCAGCGAAUCAACGUGAGGGACGUGUCGCCCUUCCCUGUGAACCCAGGCAGUAUUGUAAAGGAUGAGCCCCUUGCCAUACCAGCUGGGAAUCCACUCAUGACGCCACAGAAGGGAAACACACUGGACCACAGCCUGCACAAAGACCUCUUGGGCGCCAUCUCUGGCAUUGCGUCUCCAUAUACAGCCUCAACCCCCAACAUCAACAGUGUGAGAAACGCCGAGUCAAGAGGGUCUCUCAUCAGCACAGACUCGGGCAGCAGCCUUCCCGACAGGAACCCCGAGAAGAGCAAUUCCCUGGAUAAGCAUCAGCAGAGUGGCACGCUGGGAAAUCCUGUGGUUCGCUGUGACAAACUGGACCAGUCCGAGAUUAAGAGUCUGCUGAUGUGCUUCCUCUACGUGCUGAAAAGCAUGUCCGACGAUGCGCUGUUUACAUACUGGAACAAGGCUUCAACCGCUGAGCUGAUGGACUUCUUUACAAUAUCCGAAGUCUGCCUGCACCAGUUCCAGUACAUGGGGAAGCGCUACAUAGCCAGGAACCAGGAGGGGUUGGGACCCAUAGGUCAUGACCGAAAGUCUCAGACAUUGCCUGUUUCCCGUAACAGAACAGGAAUGAUGCAUGCCAGAUUGCAGCAGCUGGGCAGCCUGGAUAACUCUGUCACUUUUAACCACAGCUAUGGCCACUCAGAGGCGGACGUCCUUCACCAGUCACUUCUCGAAGCCAACAUUGCUACCGAGGUUUGCCUCACCACUCUGGACACGCUCUCUCUGUUCACACUGGCUUUUAAGAACCAGCUCUUGGCUGACCAUGGACAUAAUCCUCUCAUGAAGAAAGUUUUUGAUGUCUACCUGUGUUUUCUUCAAAAACACCAGUCAGAAAUGGCUUUAAAAAAUGUCUUUACCGCCUUAAGGUCAUUAAUUUAUAAGUUCCCCUCCACGUUCUACGAGGGGCGAGCAGACAUGUGCGCCUCCCUGUGCUACGAGGUGCUCAAGUGCUGUAACUCCAAACUGGGCUCCAUCCGGACCGACGCUUCCCAGCUGCUCUACUUCCUGAUGAGGAACAACUUUGACUACACGGGCAAGAAGUCCUUCGUCCGGACGCACUUACAGGUCAUCAUUUCUGUCAGCCAGCUGAUUGCAGACGUGGUUGGCAUUGGAGGAACCAGAUUCCAGCAGUCCUUGUCCAUCAUCAACAACUGUGCCAACAGCGACCGGCUCAUCAAGCACACCAGCUUCGCCUCCGAUGUGAAAGAUCUGACCAAGAGGAUCCGCACAGUCCUGAUGGCCACAGCCCAGAUGAAGGAGCAUGAGAAUGACCCAGAGAUGCUGGUGGACCUCCAGUACAGCCUGGCUAAGUCCUAUGCCAGCACCCCCGAGCUCAGGAAGACAUGGCUGGACAGCAUGGCGAGAAUCCAUGUUAAAAAUGGAGAUCUCUCAGAGGCAGCCAUGUGCUAUGUCCACGUAACAGCCUUGGUGGCAGAGUAUCUCACGCGGAAGGAAGCUGACCUAGCACUCCAGCGGGAGCCGUCUCUCUUCCCCCACAGCCAUAACACGUGCCAGAGGAAGAGCCGGGGAGGCAUGUUCAGACAGGGGUGCACGGCCUUCCGGGUUAUCACACCGAACAUCGAUGAAGAGGCUUCCAUGAUGGAAGACGUCGGGAUGCAGGAUGUCCAUUUCAAUGAGGAUGUACUGAUGGAGCUGCUGGAGCAGUGUGCAGAUGGACUUUGGAAGGCCGAGCGUUACGAGCUGAUCGCUGACAUCUAUAAGCUUAUCAUCCCCAUCUAUGAAAAGCGGCGGGAUUUCGAGAGACUCGCCCAUCUGUAUGACACGCUGCACCGAGCCUACAGCAAAGUGACGGAGGUCAUGCACUCCGGCCGCAGGCUCCUGGGGACCUACUUCCGGGUGGCCUUCUUCGGACAGGCAGCGCAAUACCAGUUUACAGACAGUGAAACAGAUGUGGAGGGUUUCUUUGAAGAUGAAGACGGGAAGGAGUAUAUCUACAAAGAACCAAAACUCACGCCUCUGUCGGAAAUUUCUCAGAGACUCCUUAAGCUUUACUCAGAUAAAUUUGGUUCUGAAAAUGUCAAAAUGAUACAGGAUUCUGGCAAGGUUAACCCGAAGGACCUGGAUUCCAAGUUUGCUUACAUCCAGGUGACCCACGUGACCCCGUUCUUCGAUGAGAAGGAGUUACAAGAGAGGAAAACGGAGUUUGAGAGGUGCCACAAUAUCCGGCGCUUCAUGUUUGAGAUGCCUUUCACCCAGACGGGGAAGCGGCAGGGCGGCGUGGACGAGCAGUGCAAGCGGCUGACCAUCCUGACAGCGAUCCACUGCUUCCCCUAUGUGAAGAAGCGGAUCCCUGUCAUGUACCAGCACCACACUGACCUGAACCCCAUCGAGGUGGCCAUUGACGAAAUGAGCAAGAAGGUGGCCGAGCUCCGCCAGCUGUGCGCCUCGGCUGACGUGGACAUGAUUAAACUGCAGCUCAAGCUCCAGGGCAGUGUGAGCGUCCAGGUCAACGCUGGUCCACUAGCAUAUGCCCGGGCCUUCCUCGAUGACACCAACACGAAGAGAUACCCUGACAACAAGGUGAAGCUGCUGAAGGAAGUUUUCAGGCAAUUUGUGGAGGCGUGUGGUCAAGCCCUAGCAGUGAAUGAACGUCUGAUUAAAGAAGACCAGCUGGAGUACCAGGAAGAGAUGAAGGCCAACUACAGGGAAAUGGCCAAGGAGCUCUCCGACAUCAUGCGUGAGCAGCUGGGAUGAUCCCUGGUGGAUGGGCGCCAGCACUCAGGACGAGGAAGGACAGAAGUAGAGAGAAUUAUGGGCUGGAUCGAUUAAGCCCCUAGAUCGAGCACAUAGUAACUGCAGUGGUUUGCUAUGCACUGCCCCUUAAUUUUCCCAUUGUCUCAGCAUCUGUGAAGAUUAAACCCUUUUGAGCCCAUGCAUAGAAAGAACUGUGACCUGGCAUGGUGGCUUUGGUGUUCCAGAGGAUCCUCUGCAUGGGUCUUCUGAGCCUCCACGAAGCUAGAGAGAAAUCAUACACCCAGAUCCUUUUCUAUUCUUAUUUGCCAUGAAGAGGCACUUAAGUCUGUAAGACCUGAGAAAAGGAGGCCAGAAAGAAACGCAGAUAAUCCAAAUUCACUUACAGAGGUUUUUUUUCCAAGGGUUCAUGUGUAGUUCAUGUCUCAAUGGAGCUGGAAGGUAGACCACAAGUUACCUAAGAUCUGGCGAGUCUAGAAGGCUCCCAUUCCUUAACUUGUAAAGGAAACAAAGCACAUUCUUUCUGUCGUUCUCCUUACAAUCCCAGUGUGAAGGUGGCCAUUUAUUAGAUAAGCUAAAACCAUCUAUGCAAACUGGCAAAGCCCAGGCCUGGCUGUGUGCAUCAUCAUGCAGAAUGGCAGCUGGAUGUGAGCCGUGUAUGUCACCUCAGCGCUGAGUGGCUGGCUGCCGGAGCUUUGCACUUUGAUUAUCUUGUCUUUCUGUGCCUCAAGAUUUGCCCCCUGGAGGAGAAGACAAGCGUCCUACCAAACUCUCUGCACAUCUUCAACGCCAUCAGUGGGACGCCCACGAGCACAGUGGUUCAAGGGUUGACCAGCUCGUCCUCGGUUGUGUGAUUUUACCUCAUGAACCACGUGUAGGGACAUGCUUUGUCAUGUGCGAACUCAGGAUGACUUCCAGAGCUAAUCACUGGUGUGGCCAAGCACAGGAAGAAGCCAUGGGGAACCGGAUCGAGAGGGAGCCUGGACUGUGAUAUUUAGUAGCAGAUUUAUAGGAGUUGGGGGAAGGUGCACAUAUUUUUUAAAUCUCACUGGCAAUAUUUAGUUUUCCUCAUGUCUUAACAGGAGUUUGUGGUGGACACUCUUAAGCUGUAGUUCAGUUUUAUUCUUUUUACAGCAUAGUAUUAACUGACCUAAAGGAAAAAGGAAACUGUCGGAGGACAUUUUUAGCAGACGCAACAAGCACUGAAACUGAGGCUGGGGACCAAGCUGGAAAAAAUCUUGAAAAUAUUUUUUUCCUGUGGCACAUUCGGGUUGAGUACAAGAGCUAUUUUUGUGUCUAGUUUUUGAUGACUGAAGGGGAUUGACUAUUGUAACUUUUGUACUAGUGAACGAGGAGACGUGGAGCCUUUGUAUUCAAGCCUUGUGUUGCAAACGCGAGAGCUUGAGAAGCUGUCUGUGAGCCUCAGCCUGGUCGGGCCGCGUAGAACCAGAGGCUGCCCUAACAAACUCCACACUGAAGCCCGGCGCACAUACCGUUUGUUAGUGCGGCGGCCUUCUGCUGUGCACAUGCCCUCACAUUUCUACGUUUUUAAUACACCCACUUCCGCGUGUUCUCGCUGAGCCGUUUGUGCUGUUCUCCGUGGGGGCAAACACAUUGGACGUAACUGUUUAUUCUUGUACAUAAGACGUGCAAUAUGGAGAUGUAUACAGUCUUUGCUACAUAUUAGGUUUAUAAACUGUUAAAAAGAAUUUUCAUCCUUUUGCCAAAAUGGUGGAGUAUGUGAUUGGUUAACCCUGAAUCCUGUGGUGAGUUGGGAUAACUUAAGAUUUUCACCAUGUUAUAUUUUCUUUGAAGACUUUAAUUCAGUAAUUUUAUAUUUGGAAAAAUAAAGGAUUUUAAUUUAACUGGAA